CGUCCGGAUGUUAGGUCAGUGUUACAGUUACUUCCACAAAUCUUCAACUGGUUGACUUUUACCGAGUGGCUUUGGAUUAAGAAUUUUAUAUUUUACAGUACAGUUGGUGAUACCUGUGAUAAAAUUGCAGUGCGUGAUUUAGAGUGAAGUUUUUUGUUUCGAAGUUCAAGUUACAUGUUCAUUGAACUUCUUACCCACACUUGUAAGGACUCUUAAAAAGAUUUGUUCACCGGAGCUACUCCUCGCGAAUGUCAACUGCUUUGCGAUCCUUUGACGAUGAAGUUAUAGUUUCUGCACAAUUUCACAUCUUGUACUCAAAGAUUUACUAACAUCAGUUACCCCUCACUGAUGAGUUGAUCUUCUCUACCACUGAAUCUUGAACCUACGGUUUCUGCGAACAUCUCGGCUUGUGACUCUUGGAAGAAUUGUUCACCACAGCUACUCCUUACUGAUGAGUCUAUCUUCUACUUGUUGAUCCUUCACCACGGAACUUUGAAGCUACAGUUUUGAACUCCUUACCCACACUAAGAACUCUUUGAAGAGUUGUUCACCCCAGUUAUUCCUAACGGAUGAGUCUUUAGCUUCAGACAGUUUCGUUCUCGUCGAUCAACAAUAAGGACUCUCGGAAGAGUUGUUCACCUCAGCUACUCCUCAAUGAUGAGUCGCUCUUCCACUUGUUGAUCCUUAAGACUCUUCGAAGAGUUGUUCACCUCAGCAACUCCUCACGGAUGAGUCGCUCCUCUGUCUACUGAUACGCUACCACGGAACCCUUCGUCAACUCCCGGCACCUCCAGAAGGUGCUUUUCCGUCGUCUGAUAAAAACCGCCACGUGUCCGAAGCCCCAGCCUUUGCCGCCCCAUGCGGUCCUUCCUGAGGACUCCGGGGGCUCCACCCGUCGACCUCGCGCUCCUAGACUCUCCAUCACCCUCUCGGGCCCCGCGCCCUCUCCACUCCCCCCUGGCUUGGACGAGGUGCUUCACUCUCCAUUGUCAACGAUGGGCAGUUUCAACUCUGCGCCCAAGAUCCUGAAUGAGGACACGCAGGACGAUGACGUGGAGCUGCCUCCUCGCAUGACACCUGAGCAGAUCCUGAGUCAUUGCAGAGCGCAGGUGCCUCCUCCUCCGCUGAUAGCCAGGCGCUUCAGGCAUCUCCAGCCAGAAACAGACUCAAAAUCUCCUUCCAAAACAAUAAGGCUUCUGCAAUGGAAUCUAUUAUCCCAAGCUCUGGGUCAAAACAAUGACAACUUUGUCUGCUGCCCGGACACUGCCCUGGAGUGGGAGAGAAGAAGACAUCUGUUGGCCGAGGAAAUCAUUCGAUACAACCCAGACAUCAUUUGCCUCCAGGAGGUUGAUCACUUCAAGUUUCUUCAGAAAGUGUUGGGAACCCAAGGCUUCAGUGGUACGUUUUUCCCCAAACCAGAUUCACCUUGUAUGUACAUAAAGGGCAACAAUGGACCCGACGGUUGCGCCAUCUUCUACAACACUGAGAGGUAUGAGCUGGUAAAACUGGAGACAAGGAUCCUGGAAGUGUGGAGGGUGCAGAGCAACCAGGUGGCGAUCUUAGUGAUUCUCCGAGACAAACAGACUGAGGAUGAGAUCUGCGUAGCCACCACUCAUCUCAAGGCCCGUAACGGAGCAUUGCUAUCAGCGCUGCGCAACGAGCAAGGCAAGGAUCUGCUGGAGUUUGUAGCGCAGCAUGCUGGCAACCGUCCUGUCAUUCUCUCAGGAGAUUUCAACGCAGAACCGACGGAACCUAUUUACAGUACCGUCCUUUCUCACGAUCUGCUCAGGCUAUCCAGCGCCUACUACCAGGAGAAUGAACCACCUUACACCACCUGGAAAAUUAGGGAAGAAGGCGAAGUGUGUCACACCAUAGACUACGUGUUCUGCUCCAAGGAUCGUCUAAAGCCCGUCACACUUCUCGAAUUUCCAACAGGAGAAGAGAUAGGCAAAGACCGUAUCCCCUCUAUGUCUUAUCCUUCAGACCACUUUUCUCUAGUUUGUGAUCUUCUUCUGAAAGACGCCUCAUAAUUUUGAUUUCUUUAUCCACAACAACUUCAUUCCAUUCUGUCAUUUUUUAUUUUUUACUGGUUAAUGAUUUUAUGCUGUUUAUUUUAAGGUUUUACUUUACAUAAGGACACGUCUAUUUAUAUGAUAUUUCUUUAUUUUACUGCACAGAUCUUGGAUUUAUUAAUUUAAUAAUUGGAUAUAAUUUGGAUGAGAGGAACAAUUAUUUUAAUAAUUGUUUGGUUCAUGGUAAACAACGUUUUUCCUAUACAAACAUUAGCUGUGUUAGUUGUAAAAAAACUUAAUCAAAUUAUUUUAAAAGUUUAUAUAAAUUGUGCCUAAGUAACUUGAAGUGUAUCAAUUAAUUGGCAGUCUUAAUGUUUGCUUGAAAAAUGACAGAAUUGAAGUUUCUCCUCAUAUGACGACUUUAUUUGAUGAUUAUCGAACUAUGUUCACUUCUACUUGUGGAUAAAGUUCUCAGUAUUUCAUCACUAACUAGGCUAAGUGUGCCAAAUGAGGCAGAUUUGUGCCGUUGUUUGUUAAUCAGACAAAUUUUCCUUGUGUAGAUUUGUUUAUGUGUAAAGACUGUACAAUACUCUAAGAUAAUGAUAGUGUACCAGACUAAAUUAUAAUCGCACAGAUUAAAAUUUAGUGGGUACAAAAGAGCUGUGAUACUAGGAUCAUCCGUGUUAUUUAUUGUUUAUUAUCUGUUAAAGUUCUCAGCACUAUUGAGAAGUUAUUAUUGAUGAACUCACCAAAGAAACUAUGAACAUUUAGUUGCAAAUGAACAUUAUAGCUAGCUUACCAUUGUCCGUUCUUCCUUUUCCACUUGCUUCAAUUUUCUAUGUACUUUAAACGCACUAUCACAGGCAAGAAAACCACUGUAAAUAUUUCUCAGAACCAAUCACAUUGUAUUUCUAUCAGCGUUUUCCAUUUCAAACUUUUAUUUAGUUUGUACUGUAAUGUGUUGUGAAUAUUGUGUCAACUUAAUUAUAAUGAAUCUUAUUAUAUUUAAUAUAAGCUUUACCCUGUAUUUCUUAUUUUAAAAAUCCUAAUGAUUGUUUUUCUUUGGUAAAUUUUUCAUUGACGUUUGUAAUCUCAAAAUUUGUUUCUUCUUUUAUUGUAAAAAGACAUUUGUUGAAUUUGUGUUUUUAAUUAUUUUAUGGAACUUUGGUGGCAGUUGAAUGUGCUUUACUAAAGAAGUAUUGUUGUAUCUUUGUGUACAUUAUUCCUGCACUAUUGAGGACUGUUGUUUCACAAAUAUAAAUGCAAUCACUGUUUUAA